CAGAGAGACGGCAAUAUGGCGAGAAUGCCUGGCAGCGGGGACUGUAACACCAGCGCGGGCGGCAGCGCCUCCUCCUCCUCCUCCUCCUCUUCCUCCUCCUCCUCCUCCUCCUCCUCCGCCGCCGCCGCCGCCGCCGAGAACAAUGGGGAGCGGGGCGAGGGCGAGCGCGGGGCCGGGGGCCGGGGACGCCGCCACGGCCGCCCGCACUACUGCAGCGCGGGCGAGGAAGAGGAGGAGGAGGAGGAAGAGGAGGAGGAGGAGGACCUGAUCCAGGAGGUGCAGAUAACGGGGGACGAGGAGGAGGACGGAGGUGGGGGGCUGGAGGAGGACGAGGAGGAGGAGGAAGAGGAGGAGAUGGGGCUGGACUGGGACGAGCCCCUGGAGCCGGACGACUCGGCCGGGGAGGAGCUGGAACCCGAGCCGGUCCAUAUGAUCCGUAUGGACCAGAGCGCCGCGCUGGAGCCCGAGGCGCCCCCGAGGUUGUUGACGCCUCGGGCCCGGGGAGGAGGAGGAGGAGGUGGAGGAGGAGGAGGAGGAGGAGGACCACCGCCACCACCAUCGGGGGACGGUGCCGAUGUGGAUCCGGACGUGUUGCAACGACCCGAGCGGGCCCGGUUGAGCGAGAACACCCGGCUGGCCACCCGCUACGCCGUGCGCAUCUUCCGGGAGUACCUGAGCGAGAAGGCGCAGAGCCCGGACUUCGAGACCAUGGACAAGGGGGCGCUGUGCCGCGUGCUGCGCUCCUUCUACGCCGAGGCCCGCUCCAAGAGCGGCCAGCUCUACAGCAAGUCGUCGCUCAUCAGCAUCCGCAGCUCGCUCAACCGCUACCUCAACGAGCCCCCGUACUGCCGCACGCUCGACCUCACCAAGGACCCCGAGCUGCGCAGCGCCAACCUGACGCUGGCCGCGGUGAUCCGGAAGCUGGAGGAGCAGGGCGCGGGGCCCGUGGUGCAGAAGCAAGCCAUCACGCGCGCCGACCUGCGCAAGCUCUACACGUCCAGCGUGUUCAGCGCCAGCACGCCCUUCGGGCUGCUCAACAAGGUGUGGUUCGAGACCUGCAUGUACUUCUGCACGCGCGGCCGCGAGAACCAGCGCGAGCUGGAGGAGGACUCCUUCGGGCUGGCCAUGGACGAGGACGGGCGCAAGUUCGUGUACUUCAAGUCCCUGGGGCCUUACCACAAGUCGCGCUCGUCGUCCUGGAGCAAGAAGCGCGCCGAGAGCAGCGACGAGGAGAACUUGCCCCGCAUGUACGAGACGGGCACCGAGUUCUGUCCCUACGCCAGCUUCGUCAAGUACCUGUCCAAGCGCAACCCGCUGUGCAAGGCGUUCUUCCAGAGGCCCCGGGACCACUGCAGCGAGGGCGACGUGACCUGGUACGAGAACAAAGCCAUCGGCAAGAACUUGCUGGGCACCAGGAUGCAGAUGCUAUCCAAGGCGGCCAAGCUGUCCAAGACCUACACGAACCACUGCAUCGGCGCCGUAUCCAUCGCCACGCUCAACAGCAUCGCGGGCAUCGGUACCAAGCUGGGCGCCGCGACGCCGGCCCCGCAGGGAUGCUACGCCGCCUCCGCUGCCACCGAGGCUCUGAACGGGGCGGCCCGUCACCACUCCCACCAUCCCCCUACCCAUCCCUCCCACCACCACCACCACCACCACCACCGCCCCCAGCCGCCCUCGCUGGGGAACACUUACAUCCUCCCCAAAGACAGCCAGGUCGGGCCCGACGUGAAACCCCCAGAGGCUGCGCCCAAGCGCGCCCUGUACGAGUCAGUGUUUGGCUCCGGGGACAUCUGCGGCCCUUCUUCCCCCAAAAGACUUUGCAUCCGCCCCUCCUCGGAGCCUGUGGACGCGGUGGUGGUGGUUUCCGUGAAACACGACCCCCUGCCUCUUCUUCCAGAUGCCAAUGGGCACCGAAGCACCAAUUCUCCCACAGUAGUUCCACCUGCUAUUGUUUCCCCCACCCAGGACAGUCGGCCCAAUAUGUCAAGACCUCUGAUCACUAGAUCCCCGGCAUCGCCACUGAACAACCAAGGCAUUCCUACUCCCGCCCAGCUCACCAAAUCCAAUGCUCCUGUCCACAUCGAUGUGGGCGGCCACAUGUACACGAGCAGCCUGGCUACCCUCACCAAAUACCCCGAAUCAAGAAUCGGAAGACUUUUUGAUGGUACAGAGCCCAUUGUUUUGGACAGUCUCAAACAGCACUAUUUCAUUGACAGAGAUGGACAGAUGUUCAGAUAUAUCUUGAAUUUUCUACGAACAUCAAAACUCCUCAUUCCUGAUGAUUUCAAGGACUAUACUUUGUUAUAUGAAGAGGCAAAAUAUUUUCAACUUCAGCCAAUGUUGUUGGAGAUGGAAAGAUGGAAGCAGGACAGGGAAACGGGCCGCUUUUCACGGCCCUGUGAGUGCCUCGUGGUGCGUGUGGCCCCGGACCUUGGCGAACGGAUCACGCUCAGCGGUGACAAGUCCUUAAUAGAAGAAGUGUUUCCUGAAAUCGGCGAUGUGAUGUGUAACUCCGUCAACGCAGGCUGGAAUCACGACUCCACGCACGUCAUCAGGUUUCCACUAAAUGGCUACUGUCACCUCAACUCAGUCCAGGUCCUGCAGAGGCUUCAGCAGCGAGGCUUUGAGAUCGUGGGCUCAUGUGGCGGAGGCGUCGACUCGUCCCAGUUCAGCGAGUACGUGCUGCGGCGGGAGCUAAGGCGGACGCCCCGCGUCCCCUCCGUCAUCCGGAUAAAGCAGGAGCCGCUGGACUAAACGGACACGUUUCUUAUGCAAAGGAAGGAAAACACACAGAGCCGAUGGCACAAUCAGAAAAAGGGACGCAUACGUGCAGCCGGAACAGCAAACCAGUUCGUUCUGGACCUAACGUGAAUGAAAGACGCAUUUAUAUCCAAUAGAGAUCACACCUGUAUUCAUAUGGGAACAAUUGGAAUAGUGAUAUCCUCAAGGUGUAAAAAAUAUAUAAAUAUAUAUAUAUAUACAUACAUAUAUAUAUAUAUAUAUAUGUCAAAAGGUAGGAAAUGCAAAAGAGAGGAAGGUGGUAGCUACAACCGGUGCUGCGAUGAUCUUGAGCAUCCUGUCCUGGAUCUUCCAAGGCCUCUGUCCAGUAAACAAGCCAUGAACAGAAAGGACAGGUCUCCUUACAGUUCCCUUUGCCAACAGCCAUCCAUUGUUUCUUUUUCAUUUGUCUUGUUUAUUUUUUUUUUAAAGAAGUACACCUUGAAUGGUGGCUUCUUUGCAUAUGGAGGUUUUUUUUUUUUUUUUUUAUGUCUCUGUUGGGGACCGGGCAGGACUUCGGCCGAGCUCCCCGGGGCACGCCUCAUCAUCGGAAGAGUAGACGACGGCGUUUUCAGUGUCGCUUACACAGGAGUGACACUGUCCGCCUCACAGACAUGACCUUUCCUUUGUUUUUAGAACGGAUCAGCUUGGCAGAGGGCCAGAGUUACUUGUUAGAGAUGCUCCCGUUUGAGUCUGCUGCUUUCCUACAGUUUUUCAAAUUUUAUAAUGUAUUAAAUACAAUAAACUCUGUUUAAAAAAUAAA